AUGUCUGACUCACCAGACACAUUCCUAAACCGUGACUAUCGUUCUCGCGCGAAGCGGCGCAAGCUUGAUGACGGUACAUACGAAGACGAGAACAAAGCUAUCAAGUACGGACACAAGGGGCAGGUUGUACCUGGGCAGCUCAAAUUGGAUAUUGCGAGCUGUGACGGUGGCGAGUACCAGGAUCCAAAUCAUGGCAUGACUUCAUGGCCACAGAACGCUCUUCAAGACGAUGCAACCGUAUAUUGCACGAAAAGUAGUCGCUGCAAUAUGCUACUCCGACACGCCAGUGGUAUGCCUUUUACUCUGACUAAAAUGGUCAUCAAGGCGCCCAGAUCAGGUUACGAUGCUCCGAUUCAAGAAGGCAUGAUCUUUGUGGCUAUGACUGACGAAGAUAUUCUUGAGAAGACCGCAAAGUACGAGAUCCAAUAUUCGCCUAAAACCUUCCGCCUCCACCGCCAACGUUUCGAGCACCACCGUCCAUCUUCCGCGUACUUCAAUUCAACUCGCUCGCCUCUUCGCUCAAUUGAUCGUACUCGAUAUCUUAGGGAUCCUCAUGCCCUCUCGCAACAUAUUGAUAACGAUACUACCCUCGAUAGCGCCGUUGUUCCUGGCUUCACUGUCUCCAUAGGUGAUCCAUCCGACGAGGAAGAAGCAGCUACCACUUCUGGUCCUCCAUCGCCACGACCCUGGCACAACUACGAUGCAGAUGACUCCUACCGACCUCCUUACCUUGACCGCUAUCGCCCUCGCUACACUGACCCUGUCAAUUUACUUGACGAGCACAAUGACCCAUCCAACCCAACCAGCGACUCUGAAGACUUGGCGGAUCAUGUCGCCCAUGUCGCCGAUGCCGCCGAAAUGGUUGCGGUUCUUAACGAAAUGGGCGAGCACGGUCAAGAGGCUCGCCGCAUCCUGCGCCGCACCCGACAUGACGCUGAAGCUGCCUCCCGCCGCCUUCAAGAAGACACCGAUUCCGACGCUCCACCACAAGUCCCUGUCUACCGUCGAUCGACGCCCAGUUCCAGAACUGUGCGUGGCUAUGGCAAUCAUGAGCAUUAUGUACUUGGACCUCCACCUCCUCUCACUCAGGGCUACGAGAGACUCGGCUCGGACACCGAAGCUAUCGCUGGAAAGCCCGUGUCAGAAGCAGAGGCGACCGCCGCCGCCGCAAACUCGUUGGAUAUAUUGGCGCCUCAUGCAAGAUUCUUCAUCCCGCGGAGCAGAAGUAGCAUCGCGGUGAAGUUUGACCCUCCGGUGGCCGGAAGAUACAUCCUCAUCAAGCUCUGGGCACCUUGUCCGAAUGCCAAUAUCGAUAUUCAGGCUAUCACGGCCCACGGCUACGGCGGCCCGAGAUUCUUCCCCGGCAUCGAGAUGCGCUGA